AAAACUUGGUCCGUACUAAAAGAAGAAAAAGACAGCAACAACGUGAGGCAGCAAAAGGAACUCCUCUACUACAUACCUUUUGGAAUCAAGAAAAAUUACAGGCUAGUAGAGAAGAAUUGUAUGAUAAACAGUCAGAGAAUGAAGAUCAGUUGAAGAAAGUCAAUGAGAAACAAUCGGAGAAUAAAGAUCAGUUGGAGGAAGUCAAUGAGAAUAAGGAAGAUUUUGGGAAAUUGUCAGAGGACAAGAUUGAAGCUUGUAAUUUACUUAAAAAAAUUCCAGCCGCUCUUGAAAAUCUAGCAUUAGAUAUCGAAAAAAAAAACAUAAAUAGUGAGGUUUGGGUUCGUCUUAAUAGCAUUCAUUUUUAUCUUCAGCUUGUUAAAAAUAAUCAUCAAAAAAUGGAAGCAAGUAAAAUCAUUGCAGAUACAGCAGGAAAAGGGGUGUAUCAUGCUAGGUGCAUUCGGCUCGGAUUUGCAUCACCUCCAACAAUUUCUCUCAAUACUGCUAAAAAUUAUUUAAAAGAGCUUGAGUAUGUCUAUAAAAGAGUAAAAAAAGGUAUUUAUAUAGAUGGACAUAAGAGAGAAGAUGUAGUAGCUUAUUGGGAGAUAUUUUUGUAG